AUGUUUUGUACCAAAAUCCUUAUUCAAUCGUUUCUUAAUAAAGAUGUUAAGCUAUCAAUAGAACCAGUUAUUACAGGAAACACAAUGAUUAUUAGUAGUAACAAAGAUAUAAAUGACACACAACAUAUCUACGAUUUAAUACUGAAAAACAAUAUAAACGAAGUUCAUAUAGAAGGCGACGAAAUUGAAAAUAUGUCUAGCUUUCGCUAUAUUGAUUCAUUGAAAACAAUAAAGAUUACAGCAACUAAAAUAAAAGAAAUUCCUGAUUAUUGCUUUUCAAAUUGCCAGAACCUUCAAAAUGUUGAACGGAAUUCAGGAAUUGAAAAGAUUGGUAAGAAUUCAUUUGAGUUUACUUCAAUAUCAAAAAUUAAUCUCGAAAAUAUUAAAGAAAUCGAUGAUUACGCAUUCAAAAUGUGCAUGAAUCUUCAAGAUAUUGCCUUACAUCUCAUUGAAACUAUGGGAAUCUGUGUUUUUCAAUCAUCUGGAAUAAAAUCUUUGACUUUUGGCGACAAAAUUGCAGAUAUAAGCAAGAAUACAGCAUACAACUGCUUAAAUAUCACUUCUGUGUUGUUUGGAGAUAAUGUUACGAAUAUUGGAGAUUAUUCUUUUUAUAAUUGCAUCAAUUUAGAAAAUGUACAGUUCAAAAGUAGCAAAUUCGAAUCUAUUGGUCAAUACUCAUUCUACAAUACGAAAUUAUCAACAUUUCCCUUCCAUAAAAAUAUAAAAAUUAUUAAUUCAUACGCAUUCUCUUUUACCAAGUGCCAAUCGAUAGAACUGCCAACAACAGUUGUAAAUUACACGAUUUACUCCGAAAUUUUUUCAAAUUUAAAUAAUUUGGAAAAAAUCAUUUUUGGCGAUUAUUAUUCCAUGAAUUCGGCCAAAGGAGUUCUUAUGAACUGUGGGAACUUGAAAUCAGUGACAAUUGGCCAAGAUUUUUUUGUUCCAGAUUAUUUUUGUUAUUUUAACAAAAAUCUUGAAACAAUCCAAGGAAAACCAUCACAUAUCAUUGGUCAAUACGCCUUUGCUGGUUGUACGUCUCUCCAAUCGAUAAAUAUUGAAGGAAUAAAAAUUAUUUCACAAUAUGCGUUCCAACAUUGCCACAACCUCAAAAUAAACUUGUGGCCGGACAACUCAUUGACUAUUGAUGAUUGUGCAUUCCAAUAUUGCGACAAACUCGAAAUUUCUGAAAUUAAAGAAAAUUAUGAACUUUCUGACAGAGUUUUCGAGUUCUGUCAAGGUAUAAAGACAUUAACAAUACAAUCAAACACUAUUGGAUCAUCUGUAUUCCACGGAUGCUUAAAUUUGAAAUCAAUAAUUAUUAAUUCUUCUUUUAAUGAAGGAAUGAUAUCCGAAAGGUCAUUUUAUCAAUGUUCCAACUUAGAAACAGUUGAAUUAUCUGAUAAAAUCUAUGAAAUUUCGGAUUAUUCAUUUGCAAAAACCAAAAUCAAGGAAAUUAACUUAAAUAACAUCAGAAUGAUCGGUAAAUAUUCAUUUAUGGACUCAAAAAUCACUAAAUUGACAAUUUUUGAAACAAAUCAGAUAUCAAAUUUUGCAUUUCAUAAUUCAACAUUAUUAACUGACUUAACGCUCAAUAAUUCGGAUGCUAAUUUCAAUCUGCUUGCUUUUACAUGUUGUUUCAAUAUGAAAAACUUUAAUUUUAUAAAUUCAAAAUUUGAAUUUAAAGAAAAAAUGAUAAUUAACAAUGAAACAAUGAUUUUAUUAGUUGACAAUGACAUCACAGAGUAUAAUGUACCAGAAUAUAUCAAAGAAAUCCAAAGUUUUUGUUUCAUUUUGUCAUCAAAUUUGGAAAAACCGAAAAUUGGUCAUUUUGUUACAAUCAACAGUUAUUCAUUCGCUAAUUCAUCAAUCAAAGAGCUCUGUUACUCCGUUGAAUUGCCAGGAAAUGAAGAACCGAGAGAAAUCAAAAAAUUCGGAUUUUCUUUUAUGGAAAAAGUCGAAAAAAUCGAAAUUCCACGAGAAAUAACAGAGUUACCAGAGAGUUGUUUCGAAUGUUGUCCUUCUCUACUCGAAAUAGACUUAUCAAACAUACAAAAAAUUCCUCAAAAUUGUUUCAAAAAUUCAGGAAAAUUGACAUCUGUCACUUUUUCAAAAAAUUAG